GGUGUAUUUUAUUACGUGGCUGGAAGAACAAUCCAUAUAAAAAUGUUUCGCUAAUAAAUUAAACCGAAAUAUGUUCAAAUCUUCAGUUUAUAUAAUCCAAAGUAUUAUGAAAUUGGAAGUGUGCAACUCAAAUUUGAAGAAAUACUUUUGAAAAUUUUUUGUCCAAUCAAAUUCAUCACAGAUUUUGUUGCCUACUGUGCAGGAGGUACAAAAUUGGGUGGCGUUGUAAUGUCAGAAACAAGGCAAAAAAGGUAAAUAAAAAAGAUGGAUCAACAGUUUUGUCUGCGCUGGAACAACCAUCCGACAAACCUGACGGACGUGUUGAGUAGCCUCCUGCGCAGAGAAGCCCUAUGCGACGUAACUUUAGCCUGUAACGGCGAAACGUUCAAAGCUCACCAAACCAUACUCUCGGCGUGUAGUCCAUAUUUCGAAACAAUUUUUAUACAGAAUGCUCAUCCUCACCCCAUAGUUUUUCUCAAAGAUGUCAAUUACAACGAAAUGAAAGCACUGUUAGAUUUUAUGUAUAAAGGAGAAGUGAAUGUUUCUCAGAAUUUACUACCGAUGUUCCUAAAAACUGCGGAGGCCCUGCAGAUUAGGGGGCUCACCGAUAACAAUUCUCUGAGUAAAAAUGAAGAAUUAUCAGAAGUGCCAAGAAGAGACAGGGAUAGAUUAGUUGAAAGAGACAGCCCUCCAAGUGAAAAACGAAAAAGAAAAUCAUCUUCGAACUGUGAUAUGACAUCAAACUCAAACUCUGAAAGAUUUAACGACUCUCAGGCCACUCAAAAGUUAAACACUAGCGUACCAAAGUUGAAUCCCAUAUCGCCGGUCGAUAGGGAAAAUAGUUCGGGUGCGGAGGAUAUGCGUGUAUCCUCUCCUGUAAUAAAGCAAGAGCCGAUGCACGACUCCAGCCCGCUUAUAGAUUCCUUCCAUUCAAUGUCAGAAGCAUUGCAAACGGGAGGGAGUGUGAGCGUGCAUCAAGAUGAGGUGAAAUUGUUGGGGGCUCAUCAGCUGUCGGAGCUUGGCGACAACGAAACACCUUCCAUACCUCCUCCGGAAAUCACGGAUACAAUUGACGACAUAAAAUGCUACAAGGUGUCGCAGCUCUUCCAAAGGGUCGGAUCCAUGGACGAGAGGAGGAGGUGCGUUCUGUGCGGAAAGAUCGUAAGCAAUACGCGAAACCAUUAUUAUGUGCAUUUUCCCGGACAAUAUUCGUGUACACACUGUCCCGCCGUGUACACCCGGAGUGACACUCUUCUCUUGCACAUGAGGACCAAACAUCCGACCGUUGCUUAGCUAGUGUUUCCGCCUUAGGUUAAUGGUUCUUAUUUUUUUCGAGGAUUGUUACCGAUAGCAUAUUAGAUCGAUUUCCAUUCUGCUGUUCCACCAAAACUUUGAGAUCUAAAUAUCAAGCAUCCCAUUAGAGCGUAUUUGCAAUUAAUUUUUCUGUCAUUGAAUUGGCCUCUUCUUUAUAAUGUGAAAAACGCAAUCUAAGAACUGUUAUGAAUAGCAAAAUCGUUUUCAAUAUCACCAGAGGAGACCAGAAUAUUAGCUAAAAGAGGCAACUUUGCUCUUACACCACCAAUGUGGAAGUAGGAACCUGCAAUUAUCAGUCGUCAAGUCAAAAUAUUCACUUCAGUUGAUUAUUCAUCUUUGUUUAUUGAUGGAGAAGUAGAAAAGCAAAGAUAUUUUUCCCAUAAAACUAGAGCUUGUAAAUAGCCGUUAAUAGAUUUUCAAAUUGGCAAUAUUCUCUUAGGCUGAAUUCCCCCAUUUCUUCAAUUCAAUUUGGAUUAACUGCCUAUUCAUAUUCUGGAAUACCCUUGAACUCUUGAAUUUUCUAUAGGACACCCACCUGCUAUUCAAGCAAGCCACUCCUUUCUGCAUAAAAAUUAGGUUUUCUCCGGAUGCUCUAUCCUCAGCCUAUCUACAUGUUCUAGCGCCAAAAAACAUACCAAGGAACAAAGGAAUGUUCACUUCCAACAGUAUCAACGCAAUUCCUCUCUAGAACAUUACUAUUUCUCCUCUGUAUGAGUAUUUUGGAACAUAGCUUUCAGAACUCGAACUCGAUGAUCAUCUAAUAUAAGUUCAAUUCUGGUUUCAUCUGAAAAUAGAAUAUUCUGCCAGUUUCCAACUGUCACAUAUGGCGACGCAAGCGACACCAUUUAAGGAGAUCCAUUUUGUUUCGUCUUGAUAGGUUUGAAACCUGUGAGUCUUCUGCUGUAUAAACCUCUCUCUCUUUUUGUUUGAAUUGAAAUUGUUGCAUGUGCUUAGCAAAUCAAACGAGGUACUUCCCCAUUCUAUUUCAAAAUUUUGAGGGAGUUGAAAUGGAGGGCCAACGUUUUCAUAUCAAAUAGUGUAAUCUCAUGACGUAUUUCUAUAUUUUCGUUAUUCAAAUUGUCAGUAAUGCAAAACAUAAUAUUCAUUAACUUUUAACCGUACUCUAUAUGGAUGUUUGUUGACUCAUGCUCUUACAUUUAAAAGUCACCAGUUCCUGUUUUGAGAUAUCUUCUAAACUUACUUGAACUAUUUCAGGUCAUUUAACAAAUAUUCAUGCUUAUUUCAUUAACUAUACCUUAUGAUUUGAUUUCUUGUGGAGAUCAAAUGGUGAGGUGUAGUUGAUGAAAAAAAUUCUUGCAUUUUUCCUAUGCUUUAAAAUCAAUGUUAUAGAUGACGUUAUGAAUUGUGCAUUAUCAUUAAAAUCAUGCUUCGUUUAAGAGAUCCAAACCAUACAACUUUUUUUUCUUUUUUGUGAUUAGUACAUAGAUGUUGCAAUUAGUUUGUUCAUUGAGGUACAGAAUUCUGAUUCUAGGUCAGAGUUAUUAAAAAUCCCUUUUUGAAUCUUGUGAACGUUUUAUGUUUUUUGUUGAAGUGGAGUUGAAGUCGAUCUAAUAUGAUGAUUACUGAUAAUUCCUAGAUUCUUUACAGAUAUCUGUAAAUAUUCAGUAAUUUAUCUUAUUUUCAUUAUACAUACUUAUUGAUUCAUUUUGGAUGGCAAUACUCCAUGUUUUUCAAGGAAAUUAAUGAUAUAUGAAACUUAUAACGCCCUUUCUUGUUAAAACUUUAGUUCAAUAUUAAUAACACUGUGUUUCCUUCAACAUGAAAACCCAGUGUAAGUACUAUGUUUCUAAACAAAAAGAUCAACAACUGAUGACACAAUUCAAUUAAUUCAAUCAGAUGAAGGCGAAUUUGGAAUUUUCAAAAUCAAUGCCACUUUGAUUAUUCAAUUCAUUCAGCGUGAUAGUAGCCCUAUGAAAACUACAGUCCGUCAUUUCAAAUACAACAAUUACUUUUUUUUCAAUCAUUUUAUUAAGUAUGUGUGUAAGAAAGAGUGAAAUUGAAAACCCUGUGAUCAAAUCUGAAAUUAACUCAUGUCAAAGAAAUGCUCAUUCACCUAUUGAAAUCAUGUCAAAUCGAUGAUUUUAUGGUCAUAUUCCAGCUGCUAAACAAAUUUUAAACAAUCAAAGAAAUUCAAUUUUCACCACUGAAAAUAAGUGUGGCAUAGAUAUUUCCAAAGUCCUCAUACUAUAUACAUUGUUUUUUGUUUGAGUAUCCAAUUUUAUUACAUCAUUUAUAGGGGUGGUUUGUUUUCUAUUGGAUGGGUUAGUUGAUUCAACCAAUGGCAAUGCGUUUCUAAUCACGUGACAUACUUUCAUAUAUCGACGGGAGAAAGUUCAUGAAGGCAGUCCAAAUGUCCGACUAUUAGAAGAUACUUUAUUUUUUCAAUAUGGCCAACUUUCAGAUGUACCUGGUGACAGUCUAUCAAAGUACAUAUUUUUUUUACUGUUUGACCUCCAUGAGACAAAGUAGUUUAUAAUAUUCUUACAGCACCGAGUUAGCCAAAAUACUUCUUUGAUUGACAACUUGUUCAUUUUAUGGAAAUUCAUGUCCACUGAGGAUACACCAUAAAAAUAUCCUUUUGUCUAGUUGUCUUUUGACUAGUUGUUACGGACAUUACACCAUUUUCAUGGUGUAAUGACCGAAACUUACACCAUUUUCAUGGUGUAAUCCUCAGUUAGCCAAAAUAGUUUUUCCUAAAAUUCUGGAGGAUUUAUAACAAUUGAAAGUCUCCUGAAGAAAAAAAUUCUACAUCCAUCUAAUGAAGUCUGUUCGGAUAAUUAACGAACUCAAAUGAGUUCAACUUUUGUUACGUUACAGCAAGAUGAGGUACCUCUUUAUGGUAGCUAGAUGACAAUUGUCCAAAACGCUGAAUCAGAAAACAUGGUCCCUCAGAAUGACCAAUUAGAUCACCUAUUACGGAUUUUUUUAAGGAUUCAGAAAUCUAAAGUAUAUGUUACACAACCACAUUAUAUUACCGAGUUCAUGGAUAGGUGCGACUAACUUGAAGCUAUGAUAUUUAUCUUAUGUUUGUAGAUUCAUGAAACGAAUAUAAAACUGCUUAUUGCUUAGGAAGGGCUGAUCCGAUUACUCAAAAUGAAAAAGUUUCGGAUGGCGAGUUGAAGCACCUAUCUAAAGAGGUGUCACAAGACCCUAUGUCCAAUGAAAAUUAGUAGCGCCAUUCAGGCAAUGAGUGAUGUAACACUACUGUCUUUCUUAUCACAAAGAACCAAAAAUGCUAUGUACCUCAUUUCAUCCGACCUUGAUAUGUUGUCCCGUUCACAAGUUUAGAGGGGUGACUAUUUAUCUCCCUGUAUAUGAUUGAACAUCUGAAAGUUUGCCUCAUUUCUAAAAGCACUGGAAUAAGACUACAAAAACCUCGUUAACGAAACAAACAUGAUUUCUACUAGUCAUAUUUAAUAUGAAUUUUAGCCAAAGAUCAUUUGCCAAAAUAUAUUCAACUAGUCAUUUAGAGAAAUCAUUUUUAUUUACUUACAGCAUAUAUUUAUAAACCAUUUUUUAGAUUAUAGUGUGUAUAUAUGAAUAAUUAUAAUAUUGGGUAAAAACUCAAUACAAUUUUCAUCUUUUAGAUAUAUAAGUUUUCAUGAAAUCGUUCGUGAAUUGUAGAUAAUUUGUGUGCCAUAUUUUUUAUUAGUAUAAUUUUUUUUACAUAGUGCAAUCUUAAACAUACCUUGAAGAGGGUAGGAAUAUAUCAUGAAAGGAUAUUUGUUGUUUUAGCUGUUCUGAUCAAUCAGUUCGAUUCAGUUUGUCCUAGGUAGAUUCCUAACCUUACUUGGUAUAUAUUUACCAAUAAAUAUGUAAUCAGGGUACCUUCUAUUCGUAAUUUUUUAAACUAUAUUUUGUUGUUCAGUGUAAUUGGUUUCUUUUGAUUUCUUAAAACAAAAACAAAAAUAAAUGUUUUUACAUUA